AUGCACCUAAAGCUGUUUGCCAACCGCCAUUAAACAUGAGAAGAAGAAUUUGUUCUUUUUGACAUGGUUGCUAAUUGGAUGCAGUCUUUUACCCUAGAGCUGACAGUAGCGUUUCUGCAGUUAAUCCAGUUUACCACCAGGUUGUUUGGAUAUUUUGGCAUUUCUAAUGAAUUAUUUCGGACAUUUUAAUUCGCUACGUUAAUUGACUCUGCCAGCAUAAAAACCGAUACAGGCGGGUAGCGUUAGCUAAUUCCGGUAGCUCGGUUAGUUAGCUUGUUAGCCAGGUCCUGAGCUAACGAAAUGGAUUUGUUCGACGAUCUACCAGAACCGGCACAGACCUCUGGUUCGGUUUCAGCAGUGGUCAAAGCUCAACCACAGUCCGCCGAAGAAGAAAAAGAGGAGGAGAGGAGUGCAAAACGAAAGCGAGAAGAUGCCAAGUGUCAUGCUGAUAUAAAAGAGGAGGAGGAGGAGGAGAAAGAGGAGGAGCGGGGGGAGAUCAAGAAAGUUUGUAAAGAAGGGCUCCCUGUGUUGAAAGGCUAUGUGGCAGCAAGGCGUGGCGAGCGGGAGGAGAUGCAGGAUGCCCACGUGCUGCUGCCGGACAUGAGCAACUGUCUGUCGGCUCUGCCAGCACAAGUGUCACGCGUUUCGUACUUUGCGGUGUUUGAUGGACAUGGCGGAGCUCGAGCUUCUCAAUUCGCUGCUGAGCAGCUCCACCAUAAUCUGGCCAAGAAGUUUCCAUGCGGAGAUACUGAGAAUGUGGACAAACUGAUAAAGAAAUGUCUCCUGGACACUUUCCGACAGACAGAUGAAGACUUUCUGAAGAAAGCCUCCAGCCAGAAGCCUGCAUGGAAGGACGGCUCCACAGCCACCUGCGCGCUGGUGGUGGACGACAUGGUAUACGUGGCCAAUCUGGGAGACAGCAGGGCGGUGUUGUGUCGGAUGGAGGCAGCAGCAGAUGGGCAGAGGAGGCCGGUGACUCUGGCUCUCAGUAAAGAACACAACCCGACCAUCUAUGAGGAGAGGAUGAGGAUCCAGCGAGCAGGCGGCACUGUCAGGGAUGGCCGGGUGCUAGGUGUCCUCGAGGUGUCUCGGUCCAUCGGAGAUGGUCAGUACAAACGCUGUGGAGUCAUUUCAUCCCCUGACCUGAGGAGGUGUCAGCUCACAGCCAAUGACAGGUUUAUCAUCUUGGCCUGUGAUGGCCUGUUCAAAGUGUUCUCUGCUGACGAAGCUGUGAAAUUUGUCCUCGGCAUCCUGCAGGAAGAGAGCAUGGAGCAGAGGCCAGGGUUUACAGACGAGGGCAGGUUUGAAGCUGCUUGCCAACAGUUGGCCAGUGAGGCGGUGAGGCGAGGCUGUGCCGACAACGUCACUGUGAUCCUGGUUUCCAUUGGCUUCUGAAUGUUCUUCAUCAUCACAACACACAGGAAUAGUCUGAUUCCAUCUUAUUUGACAAUAAAAACAUUCUUUACUUUUGCUGCUGAAA